AGAGCCGGAGCCAUGGACUCUGAGAGCUUGCUGCUGUCGCUGGAGCUGGCAGCUGGCACCGGGCAGGGCCUCAGCCCCGACCGGCGCACCGCGCUGCUCACCUCGCUGCUGCUCGUGAAGCGCGACUACCGCUACGAGCGCGUUCUCUUCUGGGGCCGCAUCCUCGGGAUCGUGGCCGACUACUACAUCGCUCAGGGCCUGGGCGAGGAUCAGCUGGCGCCCCGCAAGACGCUCUACAGCUUGAACUGCAUGGAGUGGAGCCUCCUGCCCCCUGCCACCGAGGAAAUGGCUGCGCAGAUGGCUGUGGUGAAGGGCCGCUUCAUGGGGGACCCCUCGCAUGAGUAUGAGCACACCGAGUUCCAGAGGACGACAGCUGAGGGCGAGAAGACCUUUGAGGAUGAUGUGGUGGUCCAGGUCAAGGAAGAGACCCGCCUGGUAUCUGUCAUUGACCAGAUUGACAAGGCCGUGGCCAUCAUCCCCCGAGGCGCGCUCUUCAAGACCCCUUUUGGACCUGUCCAUGUCAACCGGACUUUUGAGGGACUGCCCUUGUCAGAGGCCAGGAAACUCAGUUCCUACUUCCACUUCCGGGAGCCUGUGGACCUGAAGAACAGGACCUUGCUGGAGAAGGCAGACUUGGACCCCUCCCUGGAUUUCCUGGACUCCUUGGAGAAUGACAUUCCCAAAGGGUCCUGGAGCAUCCAAAUGGAGCGGGGCAAUUCGCUGGUGGUGCUGCGCAGCCUGCUGUGGCCGGGCCUAACCUUCUUCCACACCCCACGCACCAGGAACCAUGGCUACAUCUAUGUGGGCACCGGUGAAAAGAACAUGGACUUGCCUUUUAUGCUGUAGGAUGGGCCACUCAGCGUUCUCCAUGUAGCCUAAACAGUAUUUUCCUAAGUUUCUGUGAACUUGGCCUAUUUAUUCUGUCCUGCCUUACCUUGUUCCACCUCCCUCCACUGUCCAGGCUGCCAGUGAGGUCCUCUGGGCCAGGAAACCUGUUUCCAAAGUAGUGGCCAAGAAAUGCCACAUUAGAGGAGACACCGCUAUGGGAGACAGCGGUGGAAGGUGACAGCCAAGGACUCGUGAGGACAGCUGCUCCUUAGGCUCAGGUGAGACUGACAUGGGUGCCAGCAGGCUCUGCACCUCCCUGCUGCAGCCUCAUCCCUGG